AUGUCUGUGGAAGAGGCAAUAGAAAUUGGAAUUGUAUAUAGUGAAUAUAAAAAUACAUUCUUUGAAUCAAUGGAUUUAUCUACUGUUAAAGAAAUUCAAUCUAUGGUACUAAAUGGCAAAUAUAAUUUCUCACCACUCAUCCUUGAAUCCCGGCCAGGAUCCCUAAUGGUGCAUGAAAUGGAACCCGGAAUUACGAUUACAGACUUGCCCCUGGAUGCUUGUGUCGUUCGUCCCACAAUGAAGGAUAAUCUCGUCUUGAUAGCGCUUGCUCGUAUGCUAAAUACUUAUUUUCUUUCAUCUUCAUGCUUUAUGAAAGAAUGUCUUGCUCUUGAUCAGAGUCACAUAGAAUUUUAUUCUAAAUUGCUUUGCUGGGGAAAAGUAGAUAAGCUUUAUUAUCUUAAUCUUUAUGAUUCAAUCAGUUCUCUUUCGCGCAUUCUACUCUUAAGAAAAAUCAACUAUAUUGUAAAGGGCAUUAGAGAAUUAGUAUCUUCUUUGAUAGAAUUACCUAUAAUUGAUUAUAAUGGUAUAGACAGGUCAUCGUCUAUUGGUAUACCGCCUCUUGCCUAUAUAACAGAUGUCUUAGUGAAUUUCUUAUUGGACAACUUCGAUAGUCUUAGUGCACAUCCUAACGCUUACUAUGUGAGGUCUCUCUAUUCAUGCUUUAUAGCCUAUCCACUGUUCUCACCUUUGGGGUCUCUUUUGGAUGGCGAUCUUAUUGAAUGCUACCUCUUAGAGCUAGAUCUCUCAGGUAAAGUAGAUCUUCUAUUACCGGAGGGAGAACCACUUAGCUUAAAGGAAGGAUUAGUCAAGGUGAAUCGGGUCGGAGAAAUAUGCAUCGCACAACAUCCCAUCAAGAUAAGAUAA